CGUGCUGCUCCACUUUUUCCGGCCUCGCUCCUUGCUGGCUCCUCCUGGUGGCUCCGGGUGGCUCCUGCUGGUUCCUGCUGCUAAGAAGGUAGUGCCGCCGGCCCAAGGCUGAUCAACAAAAUCAUCGCCUAGUCCACCUGCGCGCCUCGAGCGAAUUUGUCGCUUCUUUUCCUUCUCACCUCCCAGUCCUGCUUUCCCUGCCAUUGUACGGUCCGCACAAGAGAAUCUCCUCUCCGCUCCACUCCCACACUUCGCAAUGGCUGCCAUCACCGCCCCCCUUCUGGCCCGCGAGGCUAUGAACCAGCUCGCCAAGCGCGAGAAGAACUGGGCCGCCCGGAACGUCGGUGUCAUGGUCGUGUUCUGCAUCGUCUUCGUUGGUACGUUGACUAUGCUCGCUGGCUGCCCACUUCAUGGGUUGCGCCUGGAGUGCGUCGCUGACGUGAUUUUUGCGCAGUUGCCGCCGGUGUCGCCUUCAUCUUUAUCCACAAGGCCCUGCAGAGGCGCAAGGAGCGCAAGCCCACCUUCUAAGCGGUGGCGCGCGCGAGGGGUAGCGUGCUGGGAUGGGAAGCGCAGAGGAAGAUCUCAGUGCUGGCCAGGAGGCAAGGACCCGACGGAAUGGAGCGAUGCGGUGAUGCCGGCCCCGAGUUGCGCUGUCAUGGCUGGCGGCAUAGCGGAGCGACACGACAUGCAGCGACCACACCACAAGACGCGCGACCCUUUCCAGCGACCCAUCACGGCCAUUCCCGGUGCGCCCAGGAUCGAUUCGACCAGCAUGUCAGCAUCAUCUGCCAUCAUUUGACGCGAUGUAUUUGAUGGAGCCCGCUCGUUGCGUUGUGUAUAUAUUGCAUCUGGAUGGAACUGCGCAGCCGACGGGAGUUGGGAACGGCUUGCUUGUGCGCGCGCUUGCUCGCCCGUUGCCAGGCUGCUGUAUUUCUACAAUUCUAAUACUACAACUGAUACCUCUUUGCUAGAAGAAGCCGCCGCCCAUUACUUUUUUCCUGACGCCUGGUGACGUAGGUGACGUACCUCAUUAUCUAUCUCUAUAUCACGUUUUGCAUCCUGUGGGCUUUAUGCUGGCUAAGCC